AUGACGCCUGAAUAUUAUGCGACCGGUUUUAAAAUUUUAGACGUUUAUAAAUCCGAAGUGGAUUUUUCAGAGGGAAGAAGUUUAUUUUUUUUAAUUGAUCCAAAACAAGAGGAUAAAUGGGGAAAUUUGAGGACGCGAAUACCGUAUGGAGAAGAAAUUACUGCUUACGAAACCUGA